GGAGAGAUCGUCCUUGAGAAUUGGGCUAUUUAAACUCUUAUAAGUAUAUCCAAUGACUUAAGGAUGAAAUUGAAAUUGCUCAAGUUAUUCAAGGCUGAAGCUACUAUCAAUAAUAUAUAUACAUAUCAUAUUAUAUGAAAAAACAAAUUCUAAGCAUCCAAUUUAUUUAUCAAUUCAAUCCACUUUUCACGAUUAUCUUGAGGUCUCAAAAUUUCCUUAAAAUUCGGAUAUAGAAAACUCGGAGAAUCAGUUCGAAAGGCAAAUAAAGAAAAAAAAAGGGGAGAGGGAAAUGUUUCGUAUCUAGAACGCUAUAAUCGGCACAAUCUCAAAGGAUGAAAUCGCUCGUUCAUCCGAGCGUGUUCAUUUUUAACUGUUCGCGGAACGGGGACUAAUUAAAGACGGAGGGAAAUUUCGUAGGACGAGACACAAAGGGGAGGGGAAGGGAUCGUCGUCUUCGUCUUCUAUAUUGGCUCGUAAGGGUGGCUCUUAUAAAGCGGAGCAAUUAUCCGGGUAAAAUACUCUCCGAAAUUUCCGUGAUAAAUUUCAGCCUGUAAUAAGGGUGAGUCGCAAGUCAUUUGGCCGGGCUUGCGGGGAGGGUGGGCAUCGGGUGCUUCAAUAGAAAUUCUUUUCGAUCCCCACCCCGUCCGUCCCCGUGGAUGCUCGAGCGCGCGCGCGUAUCGUCGUUUAAUUUAAACAUUUGACGCUGAUCCCAUUCGAUGCUACGGCAAGUAGAUUCCUCUGAGGAAAGGAAAGCUAAUGAUUACCAUUACCGUCUGAAUGUAGUGAAAAGUUGGGAACGGGGUGUGUGCGUGUUAUUCCACGUUCUUGCCUUCGUGGCAAGUGGAAAAGUUAGGUUAGGGAUCGAAAUUAAAAUGUAGAGUGGUGAAAGUGUGGGGCUGUGAAAGUGUUCAAGAUGUAAAGGAGUAAUUUUCUUAUCCUUUCCUCGGAAGGGGUUGGAAUAUCGUUCCAAGGAAUUUCGUAUUUUAUUUUAUGUAGAGUUCGCGUUUAUUUAUUCCAUGUAAUAUUGAAUAAAUAUUUUGUUUAUCAUUUAUUUUAUAUGUGAAAUGAUUUAUUUAUUUAUUUAUUUAUUUUGGAAAAUGUGAAGAAUCGUAUAAUUUUUUAUUUCUUUAUUCUGAAGAUUUUGAAGAUUUAUAUUAUUCAUUGGGGAGUGGGAAUUUUUUUAUUCGAUGGCGAGGAAUAAAUGAAUGAAAGAACGAAAAUUAAGUUUUAUAAAAUAUGAAGUAAGGUAAUGGAGGAUAAUCUUUUAAAAAUAUGCAAUAAUAUUUGAUUCUACGGCGAUCCUUACUCGAAUGAGGCAAACUUAGCGUUGUGUAUGAAAUAUACGAUGCAAUUACGCGGAUCUAUUGUUCGGUUUCUAAAAUACGCAAGACACGGCGAAGUAAAUUUUGGAUUUAUAGCUCAAUCUCAACUUUAUAAUGGCUUCGUAUAACUUUUAGACGGGGCUAAACACUUCGUCCAUUAAAAUAGAACUUUAUUAUUGCAUAUAUAUAUAUAAAACACGUAUAGCUUGAAAAAUUACUAGUAAUAUUUAUUUUUUAUUCAAAUUAAUAACAAUAAAUGAUAUUUUUUGUAAUAUAUCUUAUAUGAUAUCAUUAAUUUUAUUAAAAAUCAUGAUCCAUUACUGUUACAGUCUUCGUUAUCGUGUACGAUAAUUUGUUAAUGUGAACAGAACGAUUACUUUUCACCAUUAAAUCUGUAACAACUGAUGAAUCGAGCGACGAGAUAAAAACAGGGUAAUAAAAUAAUAAUGGGGAAGAGAAAACUCAAGACGACAUAAAACCUGGCCUGUAAUUAAGCUCUUGCCCUUGAACUUAAGCUCCUUAGAGGUUUUCUGAGGCAGUGAAAUUCCCGCAUACCCGUCAACGUCUAAUGAGGGGAUUGCGGAUGAAGUUUCAGGCUAGAAAGGGGCAAUUAGGCAAACUGUGUUUGCUCUAGCUCUCGAAGAAACCUGCGCGCAAUAGUGAUCUUCAAUUAUUACCAAAAUAAUAUCUUAAAAUGCGGCCUCAAAUAUUAAGAAUAAAAAAAAAAAAGAAAAAAUAUAUACAUAGAUAUACAUGUACAAAAUUUAUAAAAGCACUCGUAACAAAAACGUGACAAAACGAUUGAAAAUAAAUUAUAUCUUCCUUUUUUUCCCCUUCACCCCUGAUAUCAUUAUUACACACGAGUAUUCUACGCAGCUAUUUUAUUAUAAUCCUCAAAAAAGCAUAGAAACGUCAACGAAACGUUGUCUGAACUCUUGCAUCGAAGAAAUAAAAAAGGAAAAAGAAGAAAUCCUCCCUCUUCCCCGCGAAACAACAAAACAAACACAUCGAAAGCGGAGAAAGAAUCAUCCCCAGCCGAGUGAAUCCUCGAGCGACUAUCUCAAUCCGAGCAGAGGCAAGAAAGAUCACCACCAACGGGACAAAAUUAAACGACCUCAUCAUCAUUAGAACCCGGCCACCUAAUUACCGGGAAUGUCUUAGACGCGGAUGACAUCGUCAACGAGCACAGACAAUCGGGCGCCGGAGGAGAAGAGACACCCCCCCCCCCUCUCUCUCUCUCUCUCUUCCUCCAUCUUCCACUUCCACUACAUCCGCGUGACAAGUAAGGAUGAGACGGAUCGGUGUGCACGAGGGGAUGAAAGCUUAUUAAUAGGGGGUUUCUCGAGGGAGGGAGAGCGGAAGGCCUAGAAGGAAGGACGAGAGAGUAACGAGGCCUUGAGGGGCCGGUUGUUGUUUCCGUUUCCGUGCUUCCGUCCCGCAGCAGGUUGGAGGAGCAAGGGGAGGGAGAAAAAAGUAACAGACUCCCCGCAAAUAACCCUCCCCCUCCCCCACGACGCUCGACGCGGGGCGUGGCCAAGGUCUCGUGGUGAUGGCAACGCUUGGCCAAUCGGGGCUCGCCGUCGCGCAACCCCCUCGUUGGCCACCUUGAGCCUUGAGGGUGAAAAAAUAUUGACCGUGGCGAAGGGGGGUAUUCUGCGGUCCAUUUGGGGGUUGCGGAGGUGAAACACAACGUCGGACUGCUGAUUGCUGGCGAAGAGUGGCGAGCGGGGAGGGGGGUUGGUUGGUUGGAGCGUGCGGGUGAAUAUCCCCUCCUCCUCCUCCUCCUCCUCCCCCUCCUUCCCCCUCGUCACGUACGGGAUCAUUAGCCGGAUAUAUCCUUAGUCCUGCUCGCCAACCCUCUCCGAUAGCAGUGAUCCUCGUGGCUGACAUCAUUAUCCUGGGACGACGUGCAGCGCCAGCGCGGCUCGGCCAUCCUUCGGGGUUGGUCCCCCUCGUCGUCAUCGUUCCAGUUCGGUUCCUCGUGUUCCCCCUCGUCUCGUGUUUCGUGUUUCGUCGAAACCGUGUCGGAUAUAACCUCGUCUUUGUUUUCCAAGCCGGGUAUUCGUAUUUUCCAGGGGGGGAGUGAUGUCGCGCGGCAACGAUGUCCGCCGGCAACAACGAGUCGGCACUCCGUGACACUGUGCUCGACCCUCUGUGUUUGGUGAUAAGGAAAUUUUUGGAGAGGAGAGUCGAUAAGGGAACGAUGAACGAUUCGUGUGAGUGAAUUCGAGGGAUUUGGUUCUUCUGAUGGAGCGAUGAAUCUGUGUCGAUGUACAGAAGAGAGAGUUAUAGAAUAUAAGUAUCAUAAGUAGAGUGGGCCUGUUUUUUUUUUUUUUUGGUAUCUCGGAUAUACGCGAUUAUGGAGACGAAUGAUCCGUCGGGCAGGUUGGCCGUCGAAGAUCUGUCCGACUGCCGAAGCGAGAGCAGCCACUCGGAGAGCCAGUUGCGAGCGUUUCAAGAUUACGAGCGGAUCAAGGAGUUGAAUUUGUCCGUGGAUAAAUCGAAGGAUGAUUGCCAGAUCGAGCCCAAAGACUUUCACCUAGGUUUAGAAUCGGGCAAGGCCUCCAUCCGUUUCGAGGAAUUUGAGACCACCGGCAGGAAUCAUCCGUUGACGUUGAACAAGGGUAAAGAUUUCGGUUACGUGGCGGGCGGUUUGAACGAAAUGGCGUAUACGUUGGACAGAUCGAGUGAGAACGACGAGUCAUUGGAGGCCGGCAAUCUGUGCAGGACCAAGAAUCCGACGGCCAAGGAUCUCCUGUUCAACCUUCGCGAGAACAGGCACAAGAGCACGCACGCGACAUUGUCACUGUCCGACAGGUACGGGAAGGAUUUGAAUUUCGCCGUUUCCGAGAAGGACAUCAAGGAUUUCGGCCUGUUGAAGAAUUACAGCAUCGAUCGGAUGAAGGAGUUCAAUCUGUCGUUGGACAGGAUGAGGGACAGUCAUUUCGCGUUGGAGAGACUUCGAGGGGGUGGUGGAUUGUUGGAGAAUCCACCGUUGAUGGAGCACGGAGAGUUGAAGAAUAUGCAGAUGCAAUCAAGGAGCCAAGAUCUCGAGGCGAUCGCGCUCGAACGCAUGAGACGAUCGCAUCUGUUGGGCGCCGAUCUCUCCGCCCAGAAUUUGUCCACCCAGAUACCGCAUCCCCAUUCCAUCACGCAGAUGCAACACUCGCAGCAGCAGCAACAACAGCAGGCCAAAUCGUUUACCAUCGACGCGAUUCUCGGGUUGAGGAAUAAUCCUAGGGAGAAACGGAAUCAGCAGCAGCAAUACAGGAAGCAUCAGGGUCAGGAAGGUGGCGCGAAGAACGGUGGCUCGAGCUCGUGUUCCGGCGGCGGCGGCAAGUUGAAGAGGGUGCGUACGAUCUUCACGGCCGAGCAAUUGGAACGGUUGGAGGGAGAAUUCGCGCGACAACAGUACAUGGUCGGGCCAGAGAGGCUUUACCUGGCGCACGCACUCAGGCUGACCGAGGCUCAGGUGAAGGUCUGGUUCCAGAAUCGGCGGAUCAAGUGGCGGAAGCACCAUCACGAGCAGCAGAGCCAGAGGGUGCACGAGUUCCAGCGUACCCUCAACUCGUCCCUGGAGCACGAGGACAGCAACGAGGCCGACAAAUGGUGAAAAGAGUCCG